GGGAGGAUGGCCGGGGGGCGCCUCCCGGGGCUGCUCUUCCUCUUGCACGCCGCGGCUCGCCUGGCUGCCGAGCAAGAAGUUGAAAACCUCUCCGGGCUCUCCCCUAACCCCGAAAAGGACAUUUUCGUGGUGCGGGAAAACCGGACGACGUGUCUCAUGGCGGAAUUCGCCGCCAAGUUCAUCGUCCCCUACGACGUGUGGGCCAGCAACUACGUGGAUCUGAUCACGGAGCAAGCCGAUAUCCCGCUGUCGCGGGGCGCCGAGAUGAAGGGCAAGUGCGGCACCAACGAGUCGGAGCUGGAGAUCUCCUGGCUGGAGCAAGCGUACACCCUCAAACUCUUCUUCCUGAAGGAGGGGCACAACACGUCCCGGGGGCAGGAGGCUUUCUGGAGGCUCAGCCGGAUCCAGUUCAGCUACGACACCGCCGAGCGCACCUACUUCAAGGACGCUGUCAGCCCUGGGAAGCACACGGCCAGCUCGCACCGGCUCUCUGCCCUGGUCACCCCGGCUGGGAAGUCCUACGAGUGCCAGGCACAGCAGACCAUCUCCCUCAUCUCCAGCGACCACCAGAAGUCUGUACAGCUCUUGCUGUCGGAAGUGCGCAUCCAGCCCUUCGACUUCACCGCGGAUUUUGUCUUCAGUGAAGAACACAAGUGCCCUGUGGACCAGAGGGAGCAGUUAGAAGAAACCCUGCCUCUGAUUUUGGGCCUGAUACUGGGGUUGGUUAUCGUAAUAACCCUCUGCGUUUACCAUAUCCACCACAAGCUGACAGCCAACCAAGUGCAAAUUCCUCGGGACAGAUCUCAGUACAAACACAUGGGAUAGGGGACAGGAUCGAGCAGCCCAAAUAUUUAUCAGGUAGAAAAAGCAAAAGCACUUUUUUCUAAGGGUGAGGAAAGGUUAUGGGGGGCAAGAGACGGUAUUCACAACACCUAAUCGUGGGUAUUUCAUGGAGACACACCGGUUAAGGUUAGGCUUUAAUAUAGUCAGUGCAGAGACAUAGCCGUCUCUGUAAGAAGACUCGGAGCAUCUGAUUUUAGGAGUCUGUGGCAGUAGGUGGUAUGAAUACCUUCUUAAGCAGCUGGGCUGAUGAUCUGGAAACAGAAAUGCUUCACAUGUCAAAGUUUAACACUGGGGCAAAAUUAGCUUUUUUCUUUUUUUUUUUUUUUUUUUAAAUCUUU